AGACAGGAAGUCAGACAGAUCCACAUCACAUCCGUAAACCACAACAGCAACAAAAGAAGUGAGGCAGUCCCGUCAAAGUUUAACCGUAAGUAUACUUUAACCACAAAUUUAAUGAAUUAAACAUGCUUUUACUAGUUUUAACAUUGACCCAACAGUGUAUAAUAAAUAAAUAUGAUGUAGGUCUGUGGGUGUAACCUUAGAGACAUGAACGUUAGCAGAGAAGCUAGCUGGGAUAAGCUUUUUAUAACUAUUAAAGUUACAUAACAACAUUAUCAUAACUAUUUUACUUGACUGAAGUCGGUUUCUCUGUUUUUUCUGUGUUAUUCUGUGAAUAUGCGUGAAAAAUGAAAAUAAGAGCAGUAAGAGUUUCUUGAAGAUCCUGUCUGGUUGGUGAUGUGGCAGCUUCCCCCGGACCUGUUAUUGACUAACAUUUUCCACCCCUGAGAUCCCAUUGUACCACUGUAUACCACUGUAUACCACUGUACGAAUAUGAACACACAGUAUGACUGUGCCACACAGUUACUGAACACUCAGCCUAUUAACCAUCCUCUACAGACAGAACUGACGUUAACUAAGCUGCUUACACUUGCUUGGUGCUUUGUUUACAAUAUCUUUGUUCUUCACAAGACAUAAAACAUUUACAGUUUUUAAGUCAUGACAGAUAAGGGGAGACCGGGGCCAACUGCAACAGUUUUCACGGUUUCCUUCGGAUCUCUUGUCAUCUAUUAUAUAACAAUUACAUGCAGACCAACAGAGCACAUACAGGUAAUAUCUAGCAAUUUGAAAAAAAGAGUAAGAAGCAAAAUUCUACUUUUUUUUUUGUAAAAAUAUCUGAUCAGCAACUUUUUAUUAAAAAAAUUCACAUCAUCUAGGGGCAAAGAAACUGUGAAUUGUAAUCUCUUGGAAUUACAGAAUGUUUAGAAUUGUAAAACUGUACAGUUCUGCCCUUAUCAUAAGAGGUAACAAAUAAUGAUUAUGUUUCAUUGAUCCAAAGUGAUGUAUUAGUAGUGUUGGUAUUAUUUCUAUGUGAUGACAGUAUAGAUUUGAUAAAUCAGCAUACAAACUUUGCCAAGCUGUCAAACUGUCAGUGUUGGUUAGAUGAAUGCCAACAAUACGAUUCACUGUGGCAACAGGUAAACAAGAACAACACACUAUUUUAAUACAGAGGGGCUGGAAAACCUGACACAUACUAAUGUGAGUCACGAUAUUUGACUCUAAAAUUGCAGCAGGUGUAACAAGGUGUCAUAUGAUCCAGAAGGCUAUGACUGCUUUACUCUAUCUUGAACAUUGGACACACUGAGUUCAGUUCUUAAGAUCGUCUCAGCUACUCCGCAAAUACACCUCGAUGUUCACAGAGGCUCAGUGUUGGCCGAUAGAUUUUAUUUGCUGUUGAUUAUUGCAUGUCUAGUAAAAUAUGAAUCACACUCAGGACUAAUUCUGAAGUAAACUCUGCAAAAGUCUUAUUUAAAGGUCUUUAUAGGAGUAUAUGUCCAAAUGGGAUUUCAAACUUAAUCCAAGUCCUGCACAUGAGUGAAGGUCUUCCAUAACAAGCCCUAAGUCUGUGUCAGUCUCUCCUUCCUUCUCCUGUUGAGCCAGGAGGAGAGACUGACACAGACUCAGGGCUUGUUAUGGAAAACCUGCCGGUUAGCUUCACAGCAUGUCUUACUUACUUCCCUUCCGUAUCCACGUUUGGGCGUCACAUUGGGUGCGACCAAUUCCUUUACAGGCUUGAAAACAGGUUUUUGAUAAUGGUGUGCCUUAAUGUUUUGAGUUUGAAAGAACAACAGAUCAAAAAUAAAAAUAGAAACGAUUUUUGUGAGUCUGCUAAAUUGUUAUUUAUGUGAACUGCUUUUUAAUUGUGUUACAAAAAGUAAACCUCUUUCCCAAAAGUAAGGUGAGUUUGUCAUGAAGUUUACAGCUGAACCUGAUCCCUCCACCUUAAUGAAGGAUGUGGGUGUGACUUCAAACAGGAUAUGCUCAAUAUCUGAGGGAAAGAAGUGAGAGAAAGAGCUUAGACCACAGCCCUUUAUGCGUGUUUCCCCCCUCUAUUCCCCCACAGCCCCUGUCUUCAUCCAGCUGUCCUACCUUAAGGAAAAACGCAAAUAAAUAGAUAUACAAGACAAAGUGUUUGCCUUAAAGUAAUGUAUUUUGCCAACUGAGAAUUUUUCUGAUUAGCUGAUUCCGGUUAUCUGGUGACUUUGGUAAUGCUUGAUUAAAAUAUUUGCAACAUACCUCCCUAAUUUAAAAUAGAGUAGCUGGACACAUAAAAAUUUCUAAACAGCUAGAACAGUAUUAAUUUGUCCAAUUUUUUCUUACUCUAGCUUUGUAGCAGACAGUCUGUCGAUGCCAUCUGGAGCUCCAGAGGAGGAGAACUGUGUUGUAGACAUGGACAGCAAGGCUGGAGAUCUGUUCAACGCUGAAGAUGCUCAUCCAACUGGAACAGGUGGAGCUGGAGUGUUGGCAAAGUAUGUUAAUACAUUUUAUUUUUGUAGUAUGAUAUUUUUCACUUAAUAGUAACAGUAAUUCUGUUUACAAGAGGGCUUGUGCUCUCCCUUUUUAGCUACGAUAUCCUUUUUCCUACACUGAUAAAACGAGCACUGUUAAUGUUUUUAUGACUCACUCUGUAAUGCGCACAGCUCAUAUUAUAAAGUCCAUUAAUCAAUAUGAUCUGUAGAGUAGGGUUUACACACUAACAGAAGAUUCUGUCUGCGCAGUUUCUUUGCAUUGUUCAUUUCUGAAUUUCUUCAAUCUUGUAAGUGUAAUCCAUAUUAACUUACUUUCUUUAUAAUUUUUUUUCAAGGCUGGGGCUCCCCAAAGGCUUCUCCGCCAGUAUGGCUAAAGAGUGGAUCGACAAGCGCAGAGUGUCCAUCAGACCCUGGGCCUCCUUUGUAGAUCAGCGCAAGUUCUCCAAGCCCCGCAACUUUGGAGAGUUGUGUCAGAGGGUGGUGAAAAAUGUGGAAACUUACAACAGCAACUACACAUUCAUCUUCAUGGGUCUCAUCCUGUACUGCAUGUAAGGCCUAAGAGGAGAAAUUCAUCUUGUGCUGUGUCUAAGGAAAUGCUAACUCUCCUGCUGUUUGGGUCUCACUUACAUAAUCUUCACCAAAUUUACACAAAAGAUCUUGUGUGUUUGUUCAUUUAAAAAACAAACAGAAUCUUAAAUUGCUGUAAUGAUUGACUCCACAUGUACCGCUGUCUCUUCUCUUUGCUUUAGUAUCAGCUCUCCUAUGUUACUGAUCGCAUUAGCCGUGUUUGUUGGUGCCUUUUACAUCAUUCACCUCAAGUCCCAGGAGUCUAAACUGGUCAUUCUUGGUGAGUAUGUCAGGUUUGCCCUGCAAUUAAUGAAACACCUGAAAAAUAAAACUUUUAAUUCACUGUAUACAGUAAAUCUGCAUGACUACCAGACACACUGGAACUGUACCUCGAGCAAUAAAAACUUGGAUUGUUGUGUGUUAAGACAAGUCCAGCCUUCCCAAAUUUGUUUUGAAACUAGAGACAUUUGUUCAGAAAUUUAGCGCUCCAUUUUGUGAAAUUCUAACCGAUUUUUUGCUUUUUUAGCAACUUGUCACCUGCCAUUUAUUUUUCUUUAUGAAUUAAAACAGUUUUUUUUGCUUGUUUAACACUUAACAUUUGAGAUUUAUUACUUUCAUAUUUUUAAAAUUUAAAGAGUCACUUAUUUAGCUACCCUUUUAACAACCUCUUGUGUUUCUCCUUUAGCAUUCACAGGUGGAACUGACAAAUUUUAAAAUAAGAAAAUAUGUGAUUGACACAGUAUAUAAAAAUCCCUAAAAGCUUCAUCUGAGCUGGAAAAAGAACAUAAAUGUUCCUAAUCUGCUGUAUCAUUAUCAUGUGGAAACAUUAAAUCUGUAAUUAUUUGUCAACCAGGCAAAGAGCUGAAUGUCCCUCACCAGAUGAGCCUGGCUGGAGCUGUUUCUCUACCUGUCUUCUGGUUGGCUGGAGCUGGAGCUGCAGUCUUCUGGGUUCUGGGUAAGUUGUCUUUUCAGUCCAUUAUUAUUCGGUGCAUAUUAGAGUAUUUUGUUCCAGUGCUUGUCUGAACACACCAACCACCAUUUAGGUAUGCAAGCCCAUUCUGCUGUUCUAGAGGUUGGAGAUGAUGAGAAAUGAUACGGAUGUAAUUCUAAAGAGACAGUCAGUUUGCACACUCUUUCUGUCCUCGUAGUUUUUCUCCUUACAUUCCCUCUUUUCCUUUGUCUCGUCUCCUCUCAGGAGCAACGCUGUUUGUGAUUGGCACUCACGCUGCGUUCCGUGAGCUGGAGGGAUCUGACAUGGAAGAGCUUCUCAUGGAGCCGGUGUGAGGAAGAGGCUGAACUCUCUGCAGGUCCUGCUCAGCGAUCAGUCACCACUUUGACCCUGUAAUAAUGUCAGCCGGGAGGGGUUGAAGAAAAAACUGCUCCUAGAUCCGUUUCUUCUCUAUCUGUGUAUCCUGUAUUUCUUGUAACUUAACUAUACCAGUGAAUCGAGUAUGUACCUUGUCUUGCCUCUGAAGUAGUUUCUGUUACACACUAUAUAACCUUUUCAAAUUCACUCAAACACUUAUGUGUAUGUAAAUGCUCUAAUUUAUUGUUAAUGGGUAUUUAAGCACAUGGUCAUGCAGAAAAAAGCCUUUCUGUACAUUUUUUCUACCUUUGAUGCCUCUGGUUUGUGUCAAAUAGCUCUCACUCUCUCGAACUGGAACAUAUCCUGUUUAGCUCAUUAAGUGUACAGGACUGUCUGUGCUGUACAAAGUGCUGUUAGUUCUGCAGCUUCUUUGUCUGAAUCACUCAGUUGUUUAUUUCCUCUAUAAUCGCUUCAGUAAAUAUAACGCAUGUUAUUCUUAACUCUGGAAGUAAAUGUCUUUUCCAAAGAAAAAGUGCCAUUUAAAGCUUUAUGGAUAAUUUAUCUCUUCAAAUGAUUACGCACACAUUGAAUCAAAUAUUUUAUUCACACGAAUAAAAAAAAUGUUAUUCCAGAAAGGGUCAUUAACACAGAUAACCCUUGACAGAAAGGACAUCUUUAAAGGUCAGUUUACUUUAAUGGGAUUUUGUAUAGGGGAUUAUGCUGUACUGUGCUAGCUUUCUUUUUUGUAUAUUUAUCAGCUCUACUCAGUGAAGCUUUGUAAAUUCCUUUUUCUUUUGUUUACAUCUGGAUGUAAGUUGGAUGAUUUUGUAUUUAAAAUUUCAUUUGGAAGUGCAAUAAACCUCUGAUGUAAAGCUC